AUGGCCGGUGAACUGCCAGGGCGGGCAAGGCUGUGUGGCGUACUGGUAGCCUGGGGCUCUUCACAGGGGCUCCGGACGCUGCUGCCGCACCAGCAGUGUCUGGUGGUGGAGGUGAUCUCCAACUGCGCAGCUCACCACACUGAUUCUGCUAAUGCAGCUCUCAAAACUCUCUGCACCGUCAGGAGGCUGUUCCUGCUGCUCGGGGUGGCCGGGCUGCUGGCGGGGGCAGCAGCUGGGGCAUGGCUCCUAGCAAAACACCUGAAGAAGCCUCAGCCAGACCAGGGCUUCACCCCGCUGCAGCAGCCAGAUGAGACCCCAUGGUGCAGUGACGGCGAAGAGGACGACCCUGUGGUCCGUGGGGCUCCCAACAGAGGUUUACAUCUUUGCUGCCCCAGAGGAAUGACCCAUCAGAAAGGAGUGAACCUGGCCGAUGUCAAAGUGAAUGACACGCAGGAGUUCGUUCAGGUGAGACCCCACCAGGAAGGCAGCCUGGAAGACAUGUGGCAGGUCAGGAGCAGCUGUGAAUCAGGUCGCGUUGUGGCUCUGAAAUGCUCAGAGUGCGGACUGCGCCCCGGCCCUGCGCGGGUGGUUGGGGGGGCGGACGUGCCCCCAGGGCGCUGGCCUUGGCAGGUCAGUGUGUACCAUGGCUCCCAGCACCACUGCGGAGGCUCCGUGCUGGCGCACGAAUGGAUCGUCACGGCGGCUCACUGCGUGCACAGGCGGCUUCAAGCCUCUGCCUGGCUGGUCUUCGCAGGCAUUAUCACCCAUGGCUCCAUCAAGCAGGAGGCUGGGGUAUCAGUAGAGAAAAUAAUCUACCACCCGCUUUAUAACGACAAUACCCUCGACUACGACAUUGCUCUGAUGAAGCUCCAGGUCCCCCUGAAUUUCUCAGAUGCCAUCCGUGCUGUGUGUCUGCCACCCUCCCGCCAGGACCUCUUCCAGGGCACGCAGUGUUGGGUCUCCGGCUGGGGCUAUACCAGACCAGACCAAGCACAGGUUACCGAGACACUGAAGGAAGCGCUCGUUCCCUUAAUCGGUACCAAGAGGUGCAAUAGUUCGUGCAUGUACGCAGGCGAGCUCACUGCCAGGAUGCUGUGUGCCGGCUACCUGCAUGGGAAGAUAGAUGCGUGCCAGGGCGACAGCGGAGGGCCCCUGGUUUGCCGGGACGAAUUCACAUGGCGCUUAGUAGGCAUCGUCAGCUGGGGCCAGGGCUGUGCUGAACCCAACCACCCCGGGGUUUAUACCAACGUGGCUCAGCUUCUGCCGUGGAUUCAUCGCGUCACUGAGAUCUACUAG